AAAGAAGAGGAAGAAGAAGCAGCCCUUCUGCGUCACAGCAUUUACAAAUCCAAUCUUAGGGUAAUCUUCCAUCGCUUGCUCAGCGGUAUCGCAGCGGGACGUGGUCAACCGAGCAAACACCGGACAAUAACUGCUAACUGUUUCCUUUAGAUAUUGCAUUCGGCUUUAACUAUGCAUAACGACAGCGAAGACGUUGCAAUGAAAGAUGCCAGGAGACGAGAACGUCAGUCAGGUUCAAGCAGACAUGGUAUACAUGAUACUGAAGCUCUGGAGAAUGCAGACUCUGACAUUGGCUUUUGUGGCUGGCUCUUGGUCCUUCUUUCUGUCAUUCUCAUGGUGGCUACUCUGCCCAUCUCCAUAUGGAUGUGCAUUAAGAUUGUGAAGGAGUACGAGCGAGCCAUUAUCUUUCGGCUGGGGCGCAUUUUGCGAGGAGGAGCCAAAGGACCAGGACUGUUCUUCAUCUUGCCGUGCACUGACAGCUUCAUUAAUGUGGACAUGCGUACCAUCACCUUCGACAUCCCACCGCAAGAGGUUUUGACCAAAGACUCUGUGACAGUGAGUGUUGACGGUGUUGUGUACUACCGGGUCCAGAAUGCCACUCUGGCUGUGGCUAACAUCACUAAUGCAGAUGCUGCCACUCGUCUGUUGGCCCAGACCACCCUGAGGAACGUCCUGGGUACCAAGAACCUGGCAGAGAUCCUGUCUGACCGUGAAGAAAUUGCACACAGUAUGCAGUCCUCUCUCGACGAUGCUACAGAUGACUGGGGGAUCAAGGUGGAGCGGGUGGAGAUCAAAGACGUCAAGCUGCCCCUUCAGCUCCAGAGAGCCAUGGCUGCUGAGGCUGAGGCCAGCCGCGAGGCCAGAGCCAAGGUGAUAGCAGCGGAGGGAGAGAUGAACGCGUCACGGGCGCUGAAGGAAGCCUCCCUGGUGAUUGCAGAGUCUCCGUCUGCCCUGCAGCUGCGUUACCUGCAGACCCUUAACACCAUCGCCGCCGAGAAGAACUCCACCAUCAUCUUCCCGCUGCCGCUGGAGAUGAUGCAGGGGUUCAUCAAACACUGAGGGGGGUGUGGGUUGCAAAACAAAUCGCACUACAUGCGACACACACACACACAUAUUUAGUCCCUGUGUCUUCUUAAAUGACGCUUGGAAAGUUGUGCUGAAGCUAUGCUUAAAAAAAAAAAAACUUGUGGUGACCAGCACCACCUGUUUGAAAGCUUGUUGAUCACCUGACCAUCACUGCAUUUGAACACACCUCAAAGACUGACCACCAGAGCACGUGCACUUAUGUACUGUGCCUGUGUGAGAGGAAAUAGCUGCAUUCAUGACCUAAAAGAGAAAGCCAGAGAAAGAAAAGUACAACACAGACUAACUGACCGUUUUCGUGCAAAUGGGUGUUUGAUCGCUUCAUUCCAAAUUGCUUUUAGAUGGAUUAGACAGCUUUAGCAUUUUCGAGAAGACGAAAAUAUGAAAUGCAGCUUGCGUUGCUUCAGAUCAGUAUCUGUUCAGUGUCAACACUGAGCUGUUAGGCCGAAGAACCGGUCAGAAAGCUCUCUUAUCUCUUGCUGCUGAACUGAUAUGGUCGUGUGUAUGAGCUUUAACUAAGAACAGCCACAGUGCAGCAGGUGGUUUAACUUUUGUCCUGCAGUUUUUUUUAAGCUACAAAUGUAGAAAUCAGCCAAGGUUCAGAAACAAUAAGCUCAAACCGUCACAUCAUCUUUUUUUUUUUUUUUUUUUUUUACAGACAUUUUUAAGUGCCUGCUGGAUAUGUGGCCUUACACACACACACACAAUCACACACACUCACCCAUAACAUAACACACUGUAAGAUGCCAGUGUCACGUUGCGUCGUUUUAUACAUUAACGUAUUGUCUACUGUCUGAACUCUUAACAGCUUUAUUCCCAAUCCCCAAAACCAAACAAAAUUGUAUUUUUAGAUGUUAGCUGUGCAACAUUGCAUGUUUUCUCUGAAUUUUAGUGUAAAACCCAGUCCAGCUUCAUCAUAGCACUGACAAUAUAACCUUGAAGAUUCAGACGCCUUGAGGACGUACAGUAAAACGCUCUACUGUACUUAACCUACUCCUCUCAUUUCCUCCUCGCCAAAGCUGCUGUGAUGUAAUCAUCGUGGAUUACAUUUGGGCUGCUUUGUCACAGUAUCAACCAGCAGGAGAGGGAGACGGCGAUUUUAACAUAAACCCUUCAGAAAAUAAACUGCCAAUACUUCUGUCUCUGAUUACAAGCUAAAACUUGGCUGGGAUGUUGACAGUCAGGAUAGAUGUUACAUCUAUAUGUUUACAGUAUGCUUUCUGUUCAUACACUGUGUAGGAUAUAUUUAGACAGAUGGACAAAAUAUUAGGAACACCUCUGAUUACCUUAGUUGACUCCCUCUGACACAAAAAGUAGACACUGACACUGUCCACUAGGUGGCACUGUGUAUAUUGCUGGGCUGUCAGUUAGUUGUUCCUAUUGUUUUGUCCACCCCUGCCUGCCUUUACUGCUUAGCGGAAGCGGUAACCAUAUUGCAAAUCUUUCUGCCUAAAGCCUUAACUGACUGCCAGUGGUUCAUUUUACAGCCUAAUACCACAUUUCUAUGCACUUAUAAAUGAGAACGACUGAGGAAAAUUUCUUUUAAACAACAUUGUUUUAUCACAUGUAUUCUUUUUUGGUGUACACAAAUAAGCCAAAUAGCUAAACAUCUUUGUAUUUGAAACAUGAGUUGGUAUAUUUGCCGUCUUUUCACAUAUAAACAACAGGAGUGUAAAAAUAUGUUACAGUAUCUAGUGUAUGUUUGCCUGAGUAGUUCUACUGUAUGCAUAUAUGUGUAUCUGAAUAUGUAUCGAUGAGCUGUUUAUGGUCAUUUAAAGUGUAUUAUGGUUUUGCUGUGGUUGGAAGGUGCUUCAGGUUUGUCACAUUGGAAAAUUUCAUUUUUUUUUAUAGAAUGCAAAGGCUAUUCUAAUAUUUUACUACAGAAACUGCAGUAUAUUUUGAGUUCCUGCUUAUGGUCCAUGUGUGAGUUAAAAGUUGUUUUUUAUGUUUUUUUUUUGUUUGUUUGUUUGUUUUUUACACAAAGUCUGUCGCUGAAAUGCAACUGCAGCAUGUAGCAUUUGUGUUCAGACAAGGUACUCUUGUUUUCUUGUUUAUUGAACUCACUUCUCUACUUAUUGAUUUAAAGUAGUACUUGAGUUUCUAUCUUGUUAAAAAUGUUACACACACCAAUAUCAAUGGUUUUGAUUCAAAAUAUAUAUCGUUAGUUUUUGCACCAAGCAGUAUUCUUUGUACAGUUGGCUUAUGUUUGAGAUGGUUUUAUCUUGACAUAAUACACGAGAGCAUAAGUAAACAUUGUAUCAACAAUA